GGAGGAGAGAGAGGAGGAAGUCCACACAGUUUUACAGGACUUGGGGCUGGGCUGGCGCAGGCACUGCAUCUGGAGGUCGGACCAGUGGAGAAGUGAAACCAACGGGUGCAGUGGAGCGAGGGAGAGAGAGAGAGCUGCCUGUGUCCCAGAGAGACUUCACUACAGACAGGACAGGGAGAGACAGAGAGGGAGAGGGAGCAGUGCUCCACUGGACUAACACACAGACAUGUCUGCUACUAGAGCUCUGCCCUGCCUCUGCCUUGUUUUCUCCAGCAUCCUCUCAGGGAUCGUCUGCCCAGCGGCUCCCAAUGGUUUAAAUUUGGAACAGCGUUCGGUGGUGAAAGUAAGACCAGACUUUUAGUUUUUCCUCUGCUUGGCUGGUACAGGAUGCAUAGCAGGCUUCCAGUGUCUUAUCACAGCUAAAUAUAGAGGGCCUGUUGUUGUUGCAAACUUUUCCACGACUGUGAAAAGAGUCAUAUCCUUUGGACUGUAUCAUGUCAAAGAAUUGUGCUGAAUGCUUCUGUAGCUAAACCCUAAUGGGUUUAGAUUUGAAAGCCACUGUAAGACAGACAGGUUUGUGAGUCAGUCAGUGUGCUUCUUAGACAUUUGUGAAGUGCUGGGUGGGUUUGGGUGUGAGAGGAUCUUGCUGCGUGGAUCCAUAUCUCUAUGGCCGCACUCUGGCCACUCAGUGCUGCGUCUCAACCCUCUGUGUUCCGCCUGGGGUCGGGCUAUUAGUGGCGGAGCUCCAGCCGAGACCCCGAUGAGGGCCGUGCCAUUCUCUACUGGCACCCACUGGCCCCCGAUAGAGCCCUAAUGGAAACCAGCUGCCAAGUGUUGAGCAACACACAUAGAGGGAACACAGAGGGCAGAAAGGGCAUGAGAAACAAUACAAGAUGUGCUGCUGACAUAUUUAUAGUGGGUAGACUGGGUACAGGCUGAUAUUUCCUGUUUGUGGGCCAAUGGAGACCCAAAGAAUGGGCAUCUAGCUUAAAGAGGCCUUCUUCUAUCUCAGGGGGACACAAGCAAAACAAUGUGUCCAGAGCUAGACUAAUGUAAGAACAAUGAAUUGAAUAGCUAGAUGUGUGUGGGGGGAGGGGCAGGGAGCAGACCCCCCAUAGUGUUUCGAUUGAGAAUUGAUGAUCUUCCGCCUCUUGUGAAAUGUGAAGAUUGUUUACUUGUUCUGUGAGCAUUCUAAUACCAGAGUCCCAUGAGGAGAAUGAGGCCUCUCCACUGCAGACAUAUCGUCUCUGCUCUGUUAUUGGAUUAUGAUGAAAUUCACAUGACCUAACCAGGCCCUUUUCCCCCAGUGUCUUCCGAGAAGUUUACCACUAAGCCAGGGACUGAAGCCUGCACCAGGGCCAAAGUCAAUAAGCUAUCUGCCCCUUAUUGUGAGGAGUGGGAUCAGGGAGGAAGAGGGUGCACAUGGUUUGUUGUUCCCAUUGCAAAGAGAGAAAGAUGCCACAGCCACACAGUCCCACAGCCUCAGACCUGAAGUUGUUGACUUUGGACUGAAUUCCUGUUUGAAGCCAAUUCUUGUUUUUUUGCCUGAGCUCAAACCCACUGUAUUUAUUCAGCGCUGUCCCAGAGGCAGAGAUAGAGGCAGACUCAUGGUGAAUCUUGUGAAUCUAAUAAAGUAGGCCUACUAUAGAACUUCUGAACACAUGAUAUGAACAGCUAGUGAUAAACGCAUACCAUUUAACAAUGUUCAGUCCUGUUAGAAGUGGAACACAUUGACCUAGUCUUUGGGACAUGCUGCUGCAUAUGAAACACAGAAAGGCUAUACUGCAUGGUGAAUGUCAUCUUUGUUCUCUACAGUAGUGGGCACACAGAGAAGAAGUUCAGAAAUUGCUCACAUUACAGGGGACAUUCAUAGAGGACCAGAAGGCUACAGAUGUGAAUUAUUUCAAUGUUCAUGCCACUUAGGAGCGGAUUAGAGCACUCACCAUGCUGUAAAAUCUUAUUGAGGGGUUCAUUUUCAGUAUCACAGGAUUACUCCCUAUGCCCAGGGGAAAUAUCACCGAAAGUUUGGGCUUGGUUUUUGAAUGAAAGGGGAUUCUAAACUAAAUGAAAUGUUAAUGAAAGCAUUAAUACGAACAGGAAAUAAUGUAAUUAGAUAUGACAUGGUGCAAAGGCUGCUGGGUUGUAUACACACUUCUACAUUUUGCGUCCCAAAUGGCACCCUAUUCCCUAUAUAGUGCACUACCUUUGACCAGAACCCUACUGUAUUGGCCUUGGUGGUCAAAAGUAGUGUACUAUGUAGGGAAUAGGGUGCCAUUUGGGACAUACAUAGCCUAUCCCACACUAAACCAUCUGCUGAUUCUGCUCCAUCUUUCCCAGGAACCUCUUGUCCCAUGGGUCUGGUUGUAUAUGCAUCAUCCAGCUGUUUGGCCCAUCACAGGAUGUCACACAGCUAAUCAUUCUAAAUCCAGUCAUUAGCAAUGAAGGGUCAUUCUUCAGCACUGUCAGCCACCACUACAACUGGUGGACUAACAUUCUGUGGUGGAGUAGAACCCUUGUCCAAUGGCCUCAUCUGUGAUAUGGAUCUCUAGACUGCUUAUCGUCCCAGGACCCAGUCAGAUCAUUUUACAUUAUGUCUGGCCUAGUUUAUAACACCUACUCUUUAGUAUGUCAUUUUACUUUUUAUUUUUUUACAUUUUUAGUCAUUUUAGCAGACACUCUUAUCCAGAGCGACUUACAGUUAGUGAGUGCAUACAUUCUUCAUACUGGCCCCCCGUGGGAAUCGAACCCACAACUCUGGCGUUGCAAGCACCAUGCUCUACCAACUGAGCUACAGGAGUUGUAAUGCAAACAUACUGUAUGUGUGUGCACAUAAGGUCAGUAGAAUUGAUUGAACUAACCUGUAGUCCAUAUAACCAGGACAUCAUAUAACAUCAUAACAAUAUGAUGUAUAAGUCUGUUCUUAUUUACUUUGCUUACUAUAGGUCAGAAAAGCCACAGGAAGGAAGGGGCUACAGGAAAAAUCUGCUCUGGUCAUGAAAGCACUGCUGUUCACAGGAUGUUUCACAUUAGUUCACUGGAGAGGCAUUUCUUUGUCUCACGGCCUGCUCCGAAUAAAUCAAGGGAAAAUAUGCAUCACAACUGGGUGCAUACAGUAUCUCUGGAAUGUAUAUAACGUAUUUGUGCCAGCCACUCUGGACACAGCAUCAAUGUCCAAUUGACUGGAUGGAACAAGGGGGCAAAACUUGGCAUUCUUACAGCAGGCCAAUAUGAACAGAGUAGUAUUGUAUGAUCAGAGCGCUCUUUGAAUGGGGUGACCGAAGAUCAAAGUGAUGUGUGUGUGUGUGUGUGUGUGGGGGGGGGGGGGUUACUGAACUCUGACAUCACACUGCAGUAGGAAACCGCCUCUAAGUGGAUUUACAUCUACCAGACGUGGGGUGAUUAAAAGUACUGUCUCAUAUAUUCCGUGUCGGCCGUGUGAGGAAGGAACUCUGAGAUGUCGGAGCUGGGACUGUCGUUCCCACAUCCCUGAAGUUUAAUCCACACCACUACCAGUGGCAGAGUGAAUUGGGAACAAUUGUUUUGUGUAACUGACAUUCUGUAAAUGCCUGAUAAGUAUUAUAGAGUAGUAUCCAGUAUGUAAUAAUUUUGUCCUGGUCAAGUACUGUACUUAGCUCUCACAUCUUACAGUAGCUGAAUAAGAGAGCCUCUUUUCCUACGAAGGAACGUGAGUGUGUUUGAUAAGAGAUGUUGUGGAAAACAGUGGAACGUUGUAUUCCAUUGAUGACAGACAUCCUAAGCCAGUCUGGCCAAAAUGAUUCCAGGUGCUCUACUUUCUGAAAUUGCUGUUGAAUGAUAGAGUGCCUCGUUAGCAAUUUGGCAUUAAUGUCAGGAACCCAGCUGCUCUCUGGUCAAUAUGUUUCUAAUUCUGCAGCCAUUAAACUGGUUCAUUUUAAGAUAGAUCAGAUUCAGGGGCACAUUUUUAUUUGUAUGAAACUGAGGUUGUACUCUGUUUUAAAAAAUCUCCCUCAUGUUCCCUCUCCUAGGUGUGUGCAAAAGGAUAUUUCCUCAGUAACCAGAACAAAUGCCUACCAUGUAACUGCAAAGGCCAUUCAGAAACGUGUGAGGACAUCACAGGCAUUUGUAUAGUAAGUAUUUUCCCAUGUAUUACAUCCUCUUUAUUAAUCAUUAUUACACUGUGGUGUAAUAGAUUACAAUCUUUAGAUUACAAUCUAAUAUCAUAUCAGUAAUAGUGUUCAACUAGAUUACACUCUUUAGGGUAGAGUUGGGUAAGUUGAGCUGUUUUUUACAUUCAGCAUCACUCCUUCAUGGGAAAUAUAGUAUUCUUUCUCUCAAAGAUAUCUACAUAUAUUUUAGGGUGAUGUGUAUGCCUGGAAAUAAUCAGAAUUCAUGUAAACAUUACAGUUUUGAAAACAUAGCUUGUCCAAAAAAAGUGGUCUCUUGGCACAACUUACUCCGGUCCGGGUAUGGGGUAAGUUGAGCCGCGGGAUAGGUUAGGUUAAGCCGCCUUCAACGUUCUGUACUGAAUUCAAUAUUACCACUACCUAUUUAAAACCAUGUUUAUCUUAAUUUCCCAAACACAAUUCAACACAAUCAAAAUAAUUUUGGUCUUUUAAUCAUUUUAAGCAUCUUUUAACACCGGCUUAACAGCAAACAAACACUUUGUACUUUUUAAAACACUUUUAACAUAGGCCAGGCUCUGUUGUUACCUCAUAUCCCAGCGAUAAUGCCUUGCAUUACGUCUGGGAAGAAAACACUUCAACUUACCCCAAGGCCAAUGGCUCAACUUACCCCAAGGCAAACAUUUUUACUAUAUUAGCCCACACAGCCACAAGGAUGAACUUUCAUGCUAGGUUUAGGAACUCAUAUUCAAGCUUAUAGAGACCCCAACCUCAAUUUACCCCAAUCUCCCCUACCAUACAGUCAUGUCAGGACCACACCACUGGGGAUUUCUGUGAGAUCUGUGAAGAUGGAUACAUGCCUGACGUCACCACAUACGGACGACACUCCUGCCGGCCGUGCGCCUGUCCCCUCUCUAUCCCCUCCAACAAGUAAGCCAUAGAGUCCGUACAUCCAGACCCUACUGUUGUGUCGGCCCUCCAGGGAGAAGCCUCCCACUAGGCAGAAACUGGUUGAAUCAACGUUGUUUCCACGUCAUAAAAAAAUACAAAUCCGAUGACGUUGAAUCAAUGUGAAAAACUGAUUGGAUUUGCAAAAAGUCAUCAACGUUAGGGAAUUUCGUCUUUUUCUCACCCAACUUUUAAUGACAUUUGUUGCUGAUUUCACGUUGAAUUCACGUUAGCCAACCAAAUGUCAAUCAAAACUAGACGCUGAAAUGACGUCUGUGCCCAGUGGGCUGUGUGUUGGCAGGCAGAGCUCACUGACUGACAUUCUUUCCCCUGUGUGUCUGGCCAGCUUUGCAGAGCACUGUGACAGAAGCAGUAACAUCCUACGGUGCAAGUGCCAAGAGGGCUAUGCUGGACAUUACUGUGAGAGGUCAGUGCUGACAGGGACUUGGCUUGGCCACAACCAUGGGUUACUGCAACUCCACCACGGGAGCAAUUACACUCAUAACAUUAAAUCAGCUCAAAUAGCCACAAAUUAAUCUCUUGCAUUUUCACUAUUUCUACAUUUUGAAUACGGGCCGAUUUUUCUCAACAUGAAAGGAAAAUAUUUGGAAAUGCUUUCAAAUAACAGUAAUGUUUCAGUAUAAGUGAUAAGACAUCCUAAGUCAAACAAUUAUUGGCAAUCACCUUGCAUCUUCCUCACCCAGAUGUGCUCCAGGUUUCUAUGGCAACCCCAUGGUGAUUGGUGACUCCUGUAAAAGGUGUGACUGUAACGGUAACUCGGACCCCAACCACAUCUUCAAUGAGUGCCACAACGUGACCGGCUUCUGUCAGAACUGCUGGGCGGACACGGCUGGAGCCAACUGUGAACGGUGUGCCCCGGGUUUCUACGGCGAUGCCAUCAGUGCCAAGAACUGCAGAGGUGCGUGCCAACUGUCAAGAGUACUAUUAAACAUGACUUACCCUAAGGCCGUUGCUCCACUAAGUCAAGUCAGCCCUACAGUCAAUGAAGACUACCCAUGGAAAAUCAUCCAGGAAAAAAACAGAUAUUUAUAUGUCUAAAAAUGAUACCCACUUGUCUGGAGGGUGAAGAUAUGUCCAUGAGCAGUCAUUUGCCAUGCUCAACUCUGUAUUUGAACCCUGCUUUUACCUUGCUCUUUGUCUUAAAGGUUUACUAUGGCUUUGCCUUCAAUAGAGCUCUAACAAUUCCCCCUUGUGUUGCUCAUAAUGGGUGUUAUAGACAUAAGCAAAUCACAAAGCUCUAUGUGAAACGAAGUCUAUUUUGUGUGUUUCCACAGUUUGGCAGGCUGGGUAGUGAGAAUUCCUGCCAUGCUCUAAUGACACAAGACCUGCAUGCCUCAGAGACAGUACAGUAGAACACAUAUACACUGAUGUGCACAUGGCACAAGGUUAAGAAUAGCAUCAUGGAAAGUCAAGCUCUAGUAACUCUAUGAGAAAAAGAGUCAAUCUUCUGGUCACUUGUAGAAAACGUCAUAGAAUACUAGUGGACAUGGGAAACUCCUUGUCAAUCUGUUGCAGGAUUAGCAUUUGUAUUUUAGGCCUCCGCAAGGACAAAAAUAACCUUUUCUAUUGUGGCCAUGUAAUACUUCUUUGACCUGUGCUGUAUUAACUAUGAGUGUGUCCUGAGCUACAGCGUGUGAGUGCAGUAAGUGCGGGACAGCUUCGUGUGAUGACAGGACCGGGACGUGUCACUGUAAGCCUGGUGUCACCGGCCGACUCUGUGACCAAUGUGAGGUGAGUCGCUCAAGGGCCUUAUCAAGGCGAGCCUUACAACCAUGUUGUCACACAUUCACACUGUUGGACAGUCUUUCCUUAUAACUAAGCAAAUCAGGUGUAGAAGAGAGCAGACAAGAUUAUUUGGGCUACUGUGAAUAUACACUGCUCAGAAAAAUAAAGGGAACACUUAAACAACACAUCCUAGAUCUGAAUGAAUGAAAUUAUCUUAUUAAAUACUUUUUUCUUUACAUAGUUGAAUGUGCUGACAACAAAAUCACACAAAAAUUAUCAAUGGAGAUCAAAUGUAUCAACCCAUGGAGGUCUGGAUUUGGAGUCACCCUCAAAAUUAAAGUGGAAAACCACACUAGAGGCUGAUCCAACUUUGAUGUAAUGUCCUUAAAACAAGUCAAAAUGAGGCUCAGUAGUGUGUGUGGCCUCCACGUGCCUGUAUGACCUCCCUACAACGCCUGGGCAUGCUCCGGAUUAGGUGGCCAACUCCUGGACAGUCUGUGGUGCAACGUGGCAUUGGAGGAUGGAGCGAGACAUGAUGUCCCAGAUGUGCUCAAUUGGAUUCAGGUCUGGGGAACGGGCGGGCCAGUCCAUAGCAUCAAUGCCUUCCUCUUGCAGGAACUGCUGACACACUCCAGCCACAUGAGGUCUAGCAUUGUCUUGCAUUAGGAGGAACCCAGGGCCAACCGCACCAGCAUAUGGUCUCACAAGGGGUCUGAGGAUCUCAUCUCGGUACCUAAUGGCAGUCAGGCUACCUCUGGCGAGCACAUGGAGGGCUGUGCGGCCCCCCAAAGAAAUGCCACCCCACACCAUGACUGACCCACCGCCAAACCGGUCAUGCUGGAGGAUUUUGCAGGCAGCAGAACGUUCUCCACGGCUUCUCCAGACUCUGUCACGUCUGUCACAUGUGCUCAGUGUGAACCUGCUUUCAUCUGUGAAGAGCACAGGGCGCCAGUGGCGAAUUUGCCAAUGUUGGUGUUCUCUGGCAAAUGCCAAACGUCCUGCACGGUGUUGGGCUGUAAGCACAACCCCCACCUGUGGACGUCGGGCCCUCAUACCACCCUCAUGGAGUCUGUUUCUGACUGUUUGAGCAGACACAUGCACAUUUGUGGCCUGCUGGAGGUCAUUUUGCAGGGCUCUGGCAGUGCUCCUCCUGCUCCUCCUUGCACAAAGGCGGAGGUAGCGGUCCUGCUGCUGGGUUGUUGCACUCCUACGGCCUCCUCCACGUCUCCUGAUGUACUGGCCUGUCUCCUGGUAGCGCCUCCAUGCUCUGGACACUACGCUGACAGACACAGCAAACCUUCUUGCCACAGCUCGCAUUGAUGUGCCAUCCUGGAUGAGCUGCACUACCUGAGCCACUUGUGUAGAGUGAAAGCACCGCCAGCAUUCAAAAGUGACCAAAACAUCAGCCAGGAAGCAUAGGAACUGAGAAGUGGUCUGUGGUCACCACCUGCAGAACCACUUCUUUAUUGGGGGUGUCUUGCUAAUUGCCUAUAAUUUCCACCUGUUGUCUAUUCCAUUUGCACAACAGCAUGUGAAAUGUAUUGUCAAUCAGUGUUGCUUCCUAAGUGGACAGUUUGAUUUCACAGAAGUGUGAUUGACUUGGAGUUACAUUGUGUUGUUUAAGUGUUCCCUUUAUUUUUUUGAGCAGUGUAUAAUUAACAACAGCAAGAACAACAAUUACAAGCAAAACUAACUAUAAGGCUUGUGUCUAUAAUGUGCUUUAGGAGGGUCACACAGGUUUCAACGGUUGCCAGGGCUGCCGGAGGUGUGACUGUGGGCCUGCCGGUCUCCGGCCUACCUGUCAUCCUCUGACCCACAGCUGCCAGUGCCAACCAGGGGCCGGAGGCCGAUACUGCGAGCGCUGCCUCCCAGACCACUGGAACUACGGCCCCUCAGGGUGCCAGAGUAAGUCUUGUAUCUGUCUAAUUUUAUGUUACCAUACUCCCGUCUCAAUCACCAACAUGCAGGAUAUCCUGGAAUCAAAAGCUAGUGUCUGUCAUACAUGUAAAAACUCACCCUCUCUGUGUUUCACACAUUCAAGAACAUAAACCACCCAGACCAGUUUGGUCAAACAUUCAGAACAGAUUAUGUUUUUCCCAGAGUUUUACUGCAGCUAGCUAGCCAGUCCACCGUACCCACACCCACUCAUACAUGAUGUCAGGCAGGCAUCCGCUGCGAUCUGCAACCCCAGGGCCAGCUGUACACAUCUGUACACAACCACAGGGACAGACUGCAGCUAGCAUCCGACUUUCCUCUGACAUCACCUCCCAGCCCCAAUUUAUCUGGCCAGCUGCCAAAACCAUCCCACAGCCACAGUACAGAGAACCAGGGAACCAAGUUCAAGUUUGAUUUGUCACAUGCACAAGUAUAGUGAAAUGCUUAAAGCUGCAAUGUAACUUUUGGGCGACCCAACCAAAUUCACAUCGAAAUGUGAGUUAUAGAUCUGUCAUUCUCGUUAAGAAGAGGUAGAGCUGUUGCGCUAUUUCUAUGCUUCCCGUUCUUAACUUUAGUUUUUGCGUCUUUUACUUUGGUUUUGUACACCAGCUUCAAACAGCUGAAAAUACAAUAUCUUUGGUUAUUGAAAAUAUAUUUCACAGCGGUUUAGAUGGUCCAAUGAUUCUCUACACUAUGCAUAGAUUGUUUUGUCCCAUAAACUGAAAUUAGGCGAACUAUUAGAAUAUUUGCAACCAGGAAAUGGCGGAACGAAUUCGGCAAAUUGCACCUUUCACUUGCAGGCCCUACCCAACAGUGCAGUAUUCAAUAUCAAAAAAGUAUAAAUAAUAAGAAGCUAUAUACAGUACAAGGUCAGUGCCAGUACCAAAGCACUCAGCAUGUGCAGCAGCACUCCUUCCCAGCCAUAAUCCUCACCAUGGGUUCCAUCAUAUUUUUGGUACCCAGACUGACUCUCACAUGUCCAGCUGAUAAAGCAUUAAACUUGAUGAAGGGAACUCGACAUGUAAUCAACUGUAGCUAUAUGAAGUGGAUGUGUGUGUCUGUUUCUUCCAUCCAGAAUGUGACUGUGCAAGCGGCCACUGUGACAUGCACACUGGGGAAUGUCUCCCUGAAGCACCCACGGUCAACCUCUGCAACAUCAGUAAGAGGGCCUGGUUAGAAAUAAAAAUGAACUUUUCAGUUCAUCUUAAACAACCAUUUAUUUGUGUUGGACGUUAGCAUGAUGUGAUGUUGGGGAAAUAACAUAGAAAAUAAUUUGCGUUUAAUUUGGUUCCUCCCUCCUAUCAGGUUGUGAUGAGUGUAUCUGGCACCUGAUUGGUGACCUGAAGCUGUCCAAUAAGACGCUGGACCAGGUGAAGGUCAGUGUGUUGAACAUCUCCACUGGGGCUGCAGCCAAUGACAGACUCAAGUACUACAACUACACUGCCCUCCGUCUGCAGGUACAGUAGAGCCUCUCUUUCUGCUCACGCUGAUAUAGUUUGGACUCAAUUAUGUUUAUACACAACUAUAUUAUCAGUUCAUUCUGAUUUAAAUAAGAGAAAUAAGCAAAUCAACUUCAGGAGUUUUACUAUUACAAAGCCACUGGCUAUUGGCAAAUCUCACACACUAAACACCCAACCAACCACCCAACCAACCAACCAACCGACUAACCUACCAAUACACCAACCAUUGUACAGUGCACAUCACACACUUUUCUUCUCACAAUCCUAACAUGCAUUUACUGUAUUGUAAUAGUAUUGUGUAAGUGCAUCUAAUUUCUCCUAUGUUUUGUUUUCAGACUCAGUUUAUGAACUGGAGGAAUAAGUCAGCUCUGAUGAGUACACAGACGGGGCAUCUGGAGGAGGCCAGUGCUGCUCUACUCUCAGACAUGAACCAUCUGGCAGAGACAGUAAGAGGACACCUUCAUCACUCAUCUAACUCACUCACACUCCUCUUCCUCCCUCUUUCACUGUUUACAUUACUCUGGAGGUAAAAUAAAGUCCACAUACAGAAAACUAUUUAUAUUGGGCACAACAUAAUCCGAAACACAACCAAAACAAACUUCAAAUGCAUCCAACAAGUUUGUAAAGUCACAAGCUUGAUGUAGUCAUUGCAUGCUAGGAAUAUGGGGCAAAUUACUAAACUUUUGACCAACUAUAAGUGAAUUUGUCCAAAUAUUUUUGGUAAAACAGAUAUGUAUGAAUACCCUAGAAUAAAACGUGACAUUCUGUACUGUCACCUGAGAAAAAACAUUUGACCUCAAAUAGAAAUACCUGGAGGAAAAUAACUUCACUGUCCAAAUAAAUACAUAGGGAAGUGUAAUUCAGUUAGCUUAUCUCUCAGAGCCAUCAAAUCUAUUUUAUUGAGCUGUAGUGGUAGUGUCCUGACUGUGUGAUUGAUUUGUGUGUUCUGUGGUGUUUGUCAUGUCUUGACUUUGUCACUGAUCUGUGUGGUGUUUGUGGUGGGCCAGGAGAAUGUAGUGAAGUCCAUGGGGGACAGAGUGGAUGAAGACACACUACAAAGCGUCACUCUGGCUGACGAGCUGACCACUAACCUCACCGCCCUUAACGUACUCAUUGAAGGUAUUUUUAAGCGUGCUAAAGCUACACUGCUAUGCCUCUUUGAGUACCGUACACCUCCCUGAGAUUAUUAAGGCUUUUAUGUAUGUUAUAAAUGUUGAUAUAUGAUAUCCAAUAACUUUUGAAUGCCGCCUUGCUUUAAGAUUUAAAUCCAAAUCACCGUUGCUGUAUUUCCUACUGUCAUCCAUUUAUCAGCGUUUUACUUAUUUACGAGGGGUGCUUCUGGUAACGAGGCCUCAGUCACAUCCCAGCCUUCCUUCACCCUGUGCUCUGUGUUAUGUUUGUGUCUCACAGAAAUGAUCAGUGACUGGGAGCUGUACAGUGUACAUCAGGACCUGGACCCAGAGGUCAUCAGAAAGAAGACGGCCAUGGCCGAGGGCAUGGUGACCUUGAUGAAGAAACUGGACCUGUCCCCACGAGAGCCCAUCGCCACCGAUGAGUCCACUGAGGCCCACGACCGUGAGGACAACACGUGCAUGCGCACACACACACAAACACACACACAUUUUUGAUGAUGUGUUACAAGAGGCUGCAUUUGUGGUCCUGUUUGUGUGUUGUCCAGUCCUUAGACGCAUGCGUCAGCUGGAGAAGAAGCUGAUCAGUACAGACGGCCGUGUGGCCCCAGUACGGGAGGUGCUCUUCCGCUUCACCAAAAAGCUCUCUGAGGCCCAGGAGAUCCUCCAGAAGGCUGCCAACACUGUCCAAGAGACGGAGGACAUGAACAAGGCCAACACCGUCAAAUUCCAGAGGAGUGAGGUAACUUCCACGAACCCGGACUCCGCUUGGCCCAGACCGUGCCGCCGGGAGCCGCUCUCCUCCUGGCUCCCCAAAUGUCUCUAGCUGACUUCCUGACUGGCUGCCUGACUGACUGACUGACUGACUGACUGACUGACUGCUUGCCUAACUCCCUGGCUCUCUGGUUCCCUGACUCCCUGCUCUCUAUGUUCGUCAGCAUGGGUUUCAUUACUACAGCUCACUGUGAGAAUGCCCUGCUAAAAAGAUAAGUGCAGCUCAAGCCUGCUCUGGGGGAGUUUGAUGUUGUUCAGUUCUGCCUCAGUGCAGUCUACCUCUAUCUUCCCCCUGAAUGUUGCACGAGUUCAGCUUGGCUUUAUCACUGGGAAGCAACACUGUCCUGCUCCUGCCAAGGAAUACACCAGAUCAUUUCUCUCUAUCUACCGUACAUUAUGGGGAUUGUUAUUGUUCCCAAAGUCUGCCAGAGAACUCAAUUACCCAUGGUAUUUAGUAGUAGAGAACAGUAACACAGAAACAGCUGUUAUGGAUUGUUAGGAGGCACAAACUGGGGGAGAUGCAUUACUGCACAACACAAUCAUAUCCCAAUAUUAAGAGGCUGUGCCCCUUAGAGUUAAAUACCUACAGCUGCUUCACAUUGAAUGGGGUAUCAUGUGUAUAGUCAUUUUGUAAAGCUCCUUAACAUUUAUUUCAGUCUGGGGCGUUUCUGUUCUGCUUUUUAGAUCACAAAUACAAUACAACAGCCCUGUUGUUCCUAUACAUUAUGGUGUGAAAACCUGAGGGAUUGUGAUAAUUUUUAUAACACAGACUGGCCUGUUGUCAUGCUCAAGUUGACAUUAUGGGCCCAUUGUGGUUGUGCUCCAGUGGAGCUUGGAGCAGCCAGCUGCUGCAGUGCUGUAUGUGUGUGUUAUCUCCAUGAUCAGGGCCUCUGCUGUAAACCAAUGCCAUGAAUGGUGCACUGUCCAAACAGGAGGCCUCCCAUAAUCUGGGGCUCUUCCUUCCCAAAGCAGAUUGGUCAACACUAGUCGUAGCAACAGAAACAAAGCCAGGGUUACUAUGGGGGUAGGAUGAUGUUACUGUACUAUACUUAUAUCUUUGUCAACAAAUAUCUCUAUCUUUGGGGCAAAACACAUUUAAGGUCUUUCAUAGUUUUAAUUUGACAUUUCAUAUUAUUGUACCUACUUUUAUGAUAAGAAUGUUCAUAUGGGAGACAUACAUAACCUGUACUCACUACACAUAUUGUAUACUCUCUGUACCAGUGGAGGCUGGUGGGAGGAGCUAUUGGAGGAUGGGCUCAUUGUAAUGGCUGAAAUGGAACGGAGUCAAACGUGGUUUCCAUAUGUUUGAUGUGUUUGAUACCAUUAUAUUUAUUCCAUUCCAGCCAUUACAAUGAGCCUGUCCUCCUAUAGCUCCUCCCACCAGCCUCCUCUGCUCUGUACUAAAACAGAAAGAUAUGACUGAACAUCAGGCUACUAUAAUGUAUUCAAGUAGUCACCAGUCCUGUCCACUCUCUCUCCCAGGCCAAGCAGCAGAAACUGAUGGAAAACUACGAAGCUGUGAAUGACACCUUGCAGACUGCUGAAGACCUCAUCAUGGACACUGAGAAUACUGUUGCUGAGAUGGAUCUCCUGGUGCAGGUAAGUUCUCUUUCUGUACACACCACAGUCACCAUUAACCUAUUCCUGAAAGCUUUGUAUUUUGGACCCACUGAAUGAGGUCACCUGUAUUAUACAUGUAAUUACGAUGGAUUGGAUUGUUUCAGUGCAUGUUUUGAAUACAGUGCCUUCAGAAAGUAUUCAUAACCCUUUACUUAUUCCACAUUAUGUUGUGCCUGAAUUCAAAAUUGAUGAAAUAUACUUUUUAUUUCUCACCCAUCUACCCCAUAAUGACAAAGUGAAGACAUGUUUUUAGAAAAUGUUUGCAAAUGUAUUGAAAAUUAAAUGCAGAAAUAUCUAAUUUUGGGGGCCUCCCGAGUGGAAAAGCGGUCUAAGGCACUGCAUCGCAGUGCUAGAGGCGUCACUACAAACCCGGGUUCGACCCCAGGCUGCGUCGCAGCCGGCUACGACCGGGAGACCCAUGAGGUGGCGCACAAUUGGCCCAGCGUCGUCCGGGUUAGGGGAGGGUUUGGCCGGCUGGGAUGUCCUUGUCCCAUCACGCUCUAGCGACUCCUUGUGGCGGGCCGGGCGCAUGCACGCUGACUUCAGUUUUCUCCGACACAUUGGUGCGGCUGGCUUCCGGGUUAAGCGAGCAGUGUGUCAAGAAGCAGUGCGGCUUGGCGGGGUCGUGUUUCGGAGGACGCAUGGCUCUCGACCUUUGCCUCACCCGAGUCUGUACGGGAGUUGCAGCGAUGGGACAAGAUUGCAACUACCAAUUGGAUAUCAUGAAAUUGGGGAGAAAAAGGGGCAAAAAGUACACACAAAAAAAACAAAAAAAACAAACAAAAAAUAUAUAUAUAUAUAUAUAUCUCAUUUACAUACAUAUUCACACCCCUGAGUCAAUACAUGUUAGAAUCACCUUUGGCAGCGAUUACAGCUGUGAGUCUUUCUGGGUAAGUCUCUAAGAGCUUUGCACACCUGGAUUGUACAAUAUUUGCAAAUGAUUAUUAAAAAAAUUAUUUAAGAUCUGUCAAGUUAGUUGUUGAUCAUUGCUGGACAGCCAUUUUCAAGUCUUGCCAUAGAUUUUCAAGCCAAUUUAAGUCAAAACUGGAACUAGGCUACUCAGGAACAUUCAAUGUCAUUUUGGUAAACAACUCAGGUGUAUAUUUAGCCUUGUGUUUUAGUGUAUUGUCCUGCUAAAAGGUGAAUUUGUCUCCCAGUGUCUGUUGGAAAGCAGACUGAACCAGGUUUUCCACUAGGAUUGUGCAUGUGCUUAGCUCUAUUCCGUUAAUUUUUCUCCUGAAAAAAACUCCCUAGUCCUUGCCGAUGACAAGCAUACCCAUAAUAUGAUGCAGCCACCACCAUGCUUGAAAAUAUGAAGAGUGGUACUCAGUGAUGUGUUAUGUUGGUUUUGCCCCAACAUAAUGCUUUGUAUUCAGGACAUAAAGUUCUUUUUUUUUGCCAAUUUUUUGAAGUUUUACUUUAGUGCCUUAUUCAGGAUGCAUGUUUUGGAAAAUGUGUAUUUUGGACAGGCUUCCUUCUUUUCACACUGUCAUUUAGGUUAGUAUUGUGGAGUAACUACAAUGUUGUUGAUCCAUUUUCAGUUUUCUCCUAUCACAGUCAUUAAACUUUGUAAAGGUUUUAAAGUCAUCAUUGGCCUCAUGGUGAAAUCCCUGAGUGGUUUCCUUCCUCUCCGGCAACUGAGUAUCGAUACAAAGUCCAAAGUGUAAUUAAUCACUUCACCAUGCUCAAAAGGAUAUUGAACGUCUGCUUUUUUUUUGCCCAUCUACCAAUAGGUGCCCUUCUUUGCGAGGCAUUGGAAAACCUCCCUGGUCUUUGUGGUUGAAUCUGUCUUUGAAAUUCAGUGCUCGACUGAGGGAUCUUACAGAUCAUUGUAUUUGUGGGUUACAAAGAUGAGGUAGUCAUUCAAAAAUCAUGUUAAACACUAUUAUUGCAUACAGAGUGAGUCAAUGCAACAUAUCAUGUGACUUGUUAAGCAAAGUUUUACUCCUGAACUUAUUUAGGCUUGCCGUAAAAGGGGUUGGAAUUCUUAUUGACUCAAGACAUUUCAGCUUUUCAGUUGUAUUAAUUAGUAAACAUUUCUCAAAACAUAAUUCCACUUUGACAUUAUGGGGUAUUGUGUGUAGGCCAGUGACAUAAAAUCUAAAUGUAAUCCAUUUUGAAUUCAGGCCUUAACACAACACAAUGUGGAAAAAGUCAAGGGGUGUGAAUACUAUUUAAAGGCACUGUAUGGCAUAACAGGGAGAGUACCAUGUAUUGACCAUGCACUUAGUAUGAAUCCAUGACAAAUCUAACAGACACCCAAAAUGAUAUUACCACAUUUUUGGAAUUGCAUGAGAUCAAAAACGCUGAUGCAAACUCUGACGCCCUCUGAUGGCAUUUUCUAAACAACUCAUAAUAUUGUAUACUACCCUCAUUAAGUACAUUUCGGUUUCAAAUACUUCAGGAUUUUGGAAAUGAAGCACUUUGUCUUUUUCCCCAGAGUCAGAUGAACUCAUGGAUACCAUUUGUAUGUCUGUGCAUGAAGAAUGUUGCUAACUACCAUUAGCGCAAUUGCUAACUAGCGUUAGCACAAUGACUGAACAUCAAUGGUAAGCAUAGGGCUUCAUUGCCAAAAUCCCGAGGUAUCCCUUUAAGUCAAUUGCCUGUCUAUUGGUUUAGUCAGUGGGGAAAUAGAAUCAUUCAGAGUUAACUUUGUUAGUUAAGUCUUAGAAUGGGGUCUGUAUCUGUGUAGAACGUGACUGAGUACCACGCUGCGAUCGAUGGCGCCAGCAAGCUGCUGCAGGAGAAGACUGAGGCGCUGUCCCUGGCAGACAGAGACCUGGUCCAGAGAGCCCAGGACCACGCAAAGGAUCUACAGAGUCAAGCGGACGAGCUGGAGUAGUGAGUAGUAGUGAUGUUAUUUAGUAGUGAUCUCAUAAUGGCAUCACUCUAAUGCACAUCACAUUGUAGAACCAACCAACUAACUACUAAACACGACUACACUUGAUUACCCACUUUAUUCCAUUAUAAUGCAGACCACAUUCAAGAACAAAACCACCAUUGAACAUGUUUAUCCAACACUGAUCAACACUCAAUCACACUUUACUUGAAGCACAAAUGAGUAGUGCAGUAGUAGUAUCACAGUUAAAAGUAGGCCAACACUACAGCUAUGUUCUUUAUCCUUAAUGCUUUACAAAGACGUUGUUGUACGUUUCUUUUCACCUAGUGAUCUGAAACGCAGCGAUGCCAACGGAUUCGUGCAGAAUGCUCUGGAUGCAGCCAAUGUAUACAACAACAUAGUCCAGUACAUUGAAGAGGCCAACAUCACUGGACUGACAACACUGGAUUUAGCAACAAGAGCUGAGGAUGUAGGUAGUCUGAAAUGUGCAGCAGUUAGCUACAUUAGCUACAUACAGUAUUUAGGCUAAUAUAGAGUGGUUUUCAAUUGAUAAGCUAAAAGUGUGCUGUCUAUGGCAGGCCAUCAAUGGGAUCAACACACAACUGGGAUUCCUGAAGACCCAGAGUGACAACAUCUUCAAGGAAUCUAUUUCAUUGCGUUCUGAGCAACUUGGUAUGACAUAUUUUUUAGAUUGAGCAUUGUCUGAUUAUUGUUAGACUAGAUUGUACAGGUUCUCCUCAAUGAUGCAUGUGUGAAUUAUUUCAACAGAGGUUGAAGCUGAGGUUCUGGACAAGAUUAAAUAUAUUGAGGAGACCAAGGAGACCAUGGAUGACAACACCAAAAAACUAGCGGAAGUACUGAAAGAUAUCAAGGGAAUUGAGCCAGGUAAAACACAUUCUUGUUCUGGACCAUAGCCUAUCUAGGGUCUCUGACAUACACAUAAUUGUAUUCACUGCCAUUCCAAGAUUGCUCUCCUCAUCUCUGUACUGAAUUUGUUGUUCUGAAUUCCACUCUGACCUUCCAGACAGAACCACCAAGCGUCUGGAGCUCACCAAGGAGGUGGCUGAAGGCACCCUUAACCACUCCGUGGAGGUCCUGCAGACCAUCACCCCCAUCCACGAGAAGGUAGAGGAGUGGGCCACCAACAUGAAGAACCAAGAUUACUCUGCUGCAGCCUUCGACCGUGCUGUAGUCUCCGCUGGGGAAGCAGGUACAGUACACUCAUUAACACUUCUACAGUAUUUCAAUCCUCAACAGAGAGGACUAAAUGACUAAGCAUUACACUCAAACUAGUAAGUGUUAAUUGAAGAAAAAAGUGGUUGUUGUUAAUUAUUGUAAUCUUUCUCUCCAUCCAUGGUGGGGUUUUUAGUUGAGAACCUGUCUGAGCUGGUUCCUGAGCUGCUGGACAAGCUGCGUGUCAUUGAGGAGAAGAAGCCAGUGAACAACGUGACCACCAACAUCAUCAGGAUCAGAGAGCUCAUCGCCCAGGCCAGGAGUGUGGCCAAGAAGGUCAAUAUUAUCACCUGAACAAUCACUAAUAUCACAACCGAAAUGUACUUUCAACCACCAAUGAAAAACCCUGUAUAGUCUUGUGUUACUAUAAUCCCAAGUCUUGUUCAUAAUCGAGUCCUGUAUGACACAGAUAUAUCAUGUUUUGUUACACCAUAGGUCCAAGUGUCCAUGAAGUUCAACGGUCAGUCGUCGGUUGAGGUGCAGCCCCACACCAACGUGGCGGACCUUAAGACAGUGACCACCAUCAGCCUGUUCAUCAGGGUGGACCCAGAUAAGGACCCUAUUGAGGACCGCUUCAUCUUCUAUCUGGGUGACAGAAACGUGAGGAGGCUGGGGGGAGAGGGGGGAACAGGGAAUAGGGGGCUGGUGCUGGGUUCAGCAGCUUGGCUCUUUUCUAAGGCAGAUCUAUUUGUCCUGUAUAGCCGACUCCUUUUGUUGUCAUGCCACAACCAUGGGAGUUAGCCAUUCAGCAUAAACACAUCUGGGAUCAGGCUAGCAAUGAGCAGUAUAUAACACAUAAAUCCCUGUCAUAAUACUGAGGUAUUUUUCUAUUGUGUGCAAGAAGUGGGUGGGUGGGAGGAGGGGGUUGCAGAAUGGCCCAGAUCUGCUAUUGAAACUUCGCAGACUUGGAACCUGAGGAUGGCUUGAGAUAAAAGGGAGAGAGCAGCUUGUGUGCAGAUUAAUGGUUUGUUGUGAUCAUGUGAGCAGAACAGGCCUUUGAGAGCAGACAGUUGCCUUUUUCAAAAGGUUUCCAGGAGACGCCUGUUGUUUGUGCAUUUGCCUUCAAAGUCAGGGCUCAUUUACAUAAAUGCCGUUACCCCCCAUCCACAGGAGCUUAAUGACGGCAGAGCUCUCCUCUCUGGGCCUCUCUGUUCUCUUUAAUGAUGCUGCUUACCCUGGUGACACUGCUGUAAAUUAUACAGUGGUGUUUGUGUAAGUCUGCUUGAUGCUUAAAAAUGGCACUCUGUGACCCUUCGUUGGUUUUAUAAAGCAAAGAUUAGGAGAUUUUCCUGAAUAAGAUCGCAGGCAGGGAUUCCAUAUUACAGUACAUGCAUUAUGUUGUAUAAAACCUGUCACCUUGGUUUCUCUCCUACAUAUCAUAUAGGGUAAGAAAGACUACAUGGGUCUGGCUAUCAAGAAUGACAACCUGGUGUACGUCUACAACCUGGGAGGGGAAGAUGUUGAAAUCCCGCUGGGUUCAAAGCCUGUCAGCCAAUGGCCUCCAGUCUUCAACCUCAUCAAAGUGGAGAGGUACAGUAGUGCGUUAUCUAAGCAACAGAUCCAGUCACACAGAUAGACUGGCAUAGCCUGGUAGCAGAUCAGCUAAUGCUUAUUAGACAAGACAUCUGUCGUGUCUGUUGUCAUGCCGUGCAUGUUUCAUGACUGACAACCAAUGACAAAGAACUUGGCUAAAGCACAUACUGUCCAGAUUUGCGAACUUGCUAAAGACCGUCCAUCCAUUCACACACACAGGACACCUGUCUAGUCUAACCACUCACAGGGAGCUAUGAGGCUGUUCUGCCCAUGCAGGAUGUAAUGGUGUUGAUGUGACUGAUUAUUCACGCCGCUUUGUGUCUUUGUUUUGACAGGCUGGGCAGACAUGGAAAAGUGUUCCUUACCGUACCCAGUCAGACGUCCACUGACGAGCAGAAGUUCAUCCAAAAGGGCGAAGCCUUUGGCACCGACUCCCUGUUCAACCUGGACCCUGAAGACACUGUCUUCUUCGUGGGUGGUGUCCCCACUGAUGUCAAGGUACGGUAUUACUUUCUAACAGGAUAUGACAUCAACCUCUGAUCAGAGUUCUGUGGCAUUGGCUAAUGCAUAGCAGACCAUUUCCAUCAUACAGUGUUGAUGUAAACUGUACUUCACCCAUGAACCAUUGACACAGCAGGAUUGAAUCAGUAUUGUGAUGACUCUCUAUGUACUUUUCCCUUCCAAGAUAAGAUUCUGAAUGUUUGGUUUUUCUUGUAGCUUCCACCUGCACUCAGCCUAGCUCCUUUCGUGGGCUGCAUCGAGUUGGCCUCUUUGAAUAACGAUGUCAUCAGUCUGUACAAUUUCAAACAGACCCACAAGAUGGAUGUAGUUGCUUCAACACCUUGUCCCAGGUAUGAUAUACUGUAUCUUGUCCAGACGUUUUUGUUGGGAACUUUAGAUAUUACCUCUGCCCUUAAAGGGUCCACAUGUCUCCAUCUGAGGCUCCUUCAGACAAGUCACUUCAUUUCGACUUAACUGUAACAUUGAACCCCGGGACCACCCAUACACAAAAAUGUAUGCACGCAAUGUAUGCACGCAAAAAUGUAAGUCGCUUUGGAUAAAAGCGUCUGCUAAAUGGCAUAUUAUUAUUAUUAUUAUUAUUAUUAUUGUUUUCUUUGCCCUAUCAGGUAUAAGCUGGCAUUCUCACAGAGUCGUAUCGCCAGCUACCUGUUUGACGGAACUGGAUAUGCCCUCAUCAACAACAUGGAAAGGAGGGGUAAAUUUGGCAUUGUCACCCGGUUUGACAUUGCUGUUCGGACAGUAGCAAACAACGGCAUCCUGUUACUCAUGGUCAACGGGGUAAAUAUAGUAGUGAAAAUGUCACCUUUAGUUUUGAACCAGCAACAUAGUCAGUCAGUCAGUGAUGCAGUGCUAUGCCUUGCAAUACUUCUAUCACGAUCGUCGGGAACAGAUGAGGACCAAGACGCAGCGUUGCAAGCAAACAUACUCUUUAUUUAGCGAUCAUCCGACAAAAUAAACAAACGAUAACGUGACAGUUCACGGUCUAACACAAACCAACUCGAAACAAGAUCCCACAACAACUGUGGGAAAACAGCCUGUAUAAAUAUGGUUCCCAAUCAGAGACAACCAGCAACAGCUGACACUCGUUGCCUCUGAUUGGGAACCAAUCUGGCCAACAUAGAAAUGCAACCACUAGAAUAAACAAAUGAAACGCACACCCUGGCUCAACAUACAAGUAUCCCCAGAGCCAGGGCGUGACAGUACCCCCCCCUAAAGGCGCGGACUCCGACCGCGUCAACUAAAUACCACAGGGGAGGGACCGGGUGGGCACUCCGCCUUGGCGGCGGAUCCGGCUCCGGGCCUGAUCCCCACUCCCUCUCCAACCCCCCAAAGUACCCCUGGUCCGGUCUGGCCCCGCUGACCGGAGCUGGACUGCACACUGGUGGAGCGGAUUGCUCUAGCUCCGGCGUGAAGCAGCUGACCGGUGCCGGACCAGGCACCGGUGGAACAGGCACGGGCCGUGCCGGACUGACGACGCACACCACUGGCUCGGUGCGGGGAGCAGGAACAGGCCGGGCCGGGCUGGCGACGCGCCCCAUAGGCUCGGUGCGGGGAGCAGGAACAGGCCGGACCGGACUUGCGACGCACACCACUGGCUUGGUUUGGGGAACAGGCACGGGCCGUGCCGGACUGACGACGCACACCACUGGCUUGGUGUGGGGAACGGGCACGGGCCGUGCCGGACUGACGACGCACACCACUGGCUUGGUGUGGGGAACAGGCACGGGCCGUGCCGGACUGACGACGCACACCACUGGCUCGGUGCGGGGAGCAGGAACAGGCCGGGCCGGGCUGGCGACGCGCCCCAUAGGCUCGGUGCGGGGAGCAGGAACAGGCCGGACCGGACUUGCGACGCACACCACUGGCUUGGUGUGGGGAACAGGCACGGGCCGUGCCGGACUGACGACGCACACCACUGGCUUGGUGUGGGGAACGGGCACGGGCCGUGCCGGACUGACGACGCACACCACUGGCUUGGUGUGGGGAACAGGCACGGGCCGUGCCGGACUGACGACGCACACCACUGGCUUGGUGUGGGGAGCAGGAGCGGGCCGGACCGGGCUGGCGACGCGCACCAUAGGCUCGGUGCGGGGAGCAGGAACAGGCCGGGCCGGGCUGGCGACGCGCACCAUAGGCUCGGUGCGGGGAGCAGGAACAGGCCGGGCCGGGCUGGCGACGCGCACCAUAGGCUCGGUGCGGGGAGCAGGAACAGGCCGGGCCGGGCUGGCGACGCGCACCAUAGGCUCGGUGCGGGGAGCAGGAACAGGCCGGACCGGGCUGGCGACGCGCACCACAGGCUCGAUGCGAGGAACAGGAACAGGCCGGACCGUACUGGGGACACACACCACUGGCCCUAUGCAGGGAUCAGGAACGGGCCGGACCGGACUGGUAACACACCCCAGUACCUCUCGCCGUGCCUCCACACUUUCCCUCUCCUCUGUGACCAGUGGCCCCCUUAACCUGGCGGCCUCCUCUGCACACCCGCUGGACCGCUCCAUCGCGGCCUCCUGCUGCCCCGUCGUCCCCGGCGUGAGCCCCCCCCCUAAAAAAUGUCUGGGGGUCUCUCCUCCCCGUGGGCCAGGCCUCUAUAGUUCUCGCCCAACUCUCGCUCUUCUGCUUCCAACUCCAGCCAUUCUGCUCUUCAUUUGGCUUGACCCAGUCGAGACUCUUCCUCCACUGUUCCCACGUCCACCCUCUCUGCUCUUCACUAGGCUUGACCCAGUCGAGGCUGCCACGGAGAUCUGCUAGCGAUUCCCCUGGCGAUGGCUCCUGGACACGCUGCUUGGUCCAGUUUUGGUGGGAUCUUCUAUCACGAUCGCCGGGAACACCAGAGAGCAUAGAGAGAUUUACCAAUACUUUUUCUGCAUCAUGUAACUUGGAAGAAUGACUCUAGAAAAAAACAAUAAUUCAAUAAUUAUUUCCAGGACAACUUCUUCCUGUUAGAGUUGAAGAAUGGCUUCCUACGUCUCAUGUACGACUUUGGCUUCAGUGGAGGCCCGAUCGUCAUGGAGAGUAACUUACCUAAACUACAGAUCAAUGACGCAAGAUACCAUGAGGUAAAUCUAAAUCAACCCAUUGUCUUUCUGUCGGCAGGGGUGUGCCUAUUGAGAUGUGAAUUAAAUUAAUGUCCUUUCAACAGUAGGCCUAAUCCAAUCUAAGCUGUGCUGGGUUUUUUUUUAUAGGUGUCAAUCAUCUAUCAUUACUCCAAGAAGAUCAUUCUAUUGGUGGACAAGAGUCACGUGAAGUCCAUGGAGAAUGAGAAAAAAACGCUGCCCUUCUCCGAUAUCUACAUAGGUGGGGCCCCCUUGCGCAUUCUCCUCUCCAGGUGAGUCAGUUACCUAACCACACACGUGCACUUCCUCACACCAAUCCGAGGACCUUAAGAGGUCUAACUUUGAAAGUAUAGUUGACAAUUGUAACACAAUAUCAACAGAUUAUAACAUUUGCAUUAGACUGAGUACAGUUGGACAGCAGGGUUUUGAUUGUUCCGGCUGGUUUGUUCCCCAAUGCCCUAUGUGACUCUGAGCCUAUUCCCUCUCCCCCAGGCCUGAGCUGUCCUCCCUGAUGGGGCUGAAGGGCUGUGUGAAGGGCUUCCAGUUCCAGAAGAAAGACUUUAACCUCCUGGAGGAACCUGGCACUAUUGGCAUCAGCAGCGGUUGUCCUGAGGAGUCCUUUGUAUGUCCUGUAAUCCAUAUGAAAGGCUACUAGAUAAAGCAUCAGUAGUGUAUACAGAAUCAACUGAACUACAAUAGUUGACAAUGUCCCUGUUGUGUCUUGGAUUCUAACAGAUGUCCCGUAAAGCCUACUUCACUGGAGAGAGCUACCUGGGGUCUGCAGCAAAGAUAUCUCCCUUCGACGCCUUUGAGGGAGGCCUUAACUUCAGGACACUGCAGCCUACUGGUCUCCUGUUCUACCACAUCGAAGGGGUAUACUGAUUCUUGCCUGAAUAAAUAGUUUUUUUUUCAUAUGAGUUCCAAAGGAACUGCAAAGGAAAUACAUCUGUUGUUUGACUGCAAACUCUCUUCCUCCUUUAGUCUGAUGAGUUUACCAUCGCCCUGGAGAACGGAGCAGUGGUAUUGAACUCCAGAGGCACCAGAGUCAAAUCACAGAAGAAGCAGUACAACGAUGGAAUGACCCAUUUCCUGGUAGCUUCAGUGAAUAAUGACAAGUAAGAAUCCAAUGUAUCCUAAAAACAUCUUGUGCCAAGUAUUUUUUACGAUAUUGCCUCGCUGUCAAGCCAUAUUUAUAUUUCUUCAUAUUUAAAAGUGUGAUUUAAAAGCAAAAUGUAUUAUAAUUAUUCACUGUAACAAUUGACCGAUUACUAUCUAUCUCUAUCAGAUAUGAGCUGGUGGUGGAUGACAAAGACAAGCAUGAGAAGAAACGUCCGUCCUCCGCCCCCUCAGCCUCCACAGUGAGGAGCUUCUACUUAGGAGGCUCUCCCAGUAGCAACAUCAAGAACUUCACUGGCUGCAUCAGCUACGCCUACAUCAGCAGGUGACCUGGCCACUCUCUCACUGCCACAGCACUCAGACCACAUUAAAAGCCUAAUGCAAUUGAUGUAAUGGAUUGUAAUGGAUUGCAUCUAAUACUAGCAAGUGAAAGAGUCCAAGUGUGACACACUUCCUAUCUGCAGAGAACGUUGUUAUGAUAGCAUGCUUAUUGGUCAUUUGGCUCAGGUUGGUUGGUGAAAACCGAGCUGCCUAGCUGUAUCUAUGAGAGGAAGAAAGCCAGGCACAGGAAUAGCGCUGCUGUUGAGAGCGGGUUGGGAGGAUAUGGAGUUUGUUUCCAUGGAGACAGAGUUGUGUGUGUGUGUGUGAGUAUCUCUAUGGCUCUUAUGUCUUUGGCACUGAGUUGCUAGUCUCUCUCUCUCUUUCUCUCUUUCUCUCUUCAGACAAGACAGGGAUAUUGAGCCUGAGGACUUUCAGAAGUACACUGAGAAUGUCCAGACCUCCCUGCAGGACUGCCCUGUGGAGCGACCGCCCGCUGCCCUGCUCUCUAAGCACAGCAAAAACUCUGCCAAAACCAAGCAGGGCCAUACUAGGAAGGUAAAUAAAUAAUGAUAAUUUAAAUACAUGUCAUUUAACUCAAGUUUGGCUUCUAAAAUUAUUUUUUUAUUUAUGCCUGCCAAUGCGGAUACAAAUCGUAAAUGUAGUAUGUAUUCAUAAAAAAUCCCUGUCUUUUCAAGUCUUAAAAGAGUCUAUAAUCACUUAAAGCUGGAAUCCUUAAUUGGUGAAACUGCCACAUCCAUUUGGGAUAUUACAAUAACAAAGAAGUUACUCCAAACAACGAACACUGUUUCCUCGGACAUCAUUGAACAGCAGAAUAUGUAGUGCCAAUUUUUUUCCCACGCUGCCGGAGGCUCCUUUCCCCACAAUAGCAAAGGCGCUGGGGCAAACAGUAGCGCUGCUUCCCCCUAGUUUCGAUCUUUAAAGAUGACACUGUAUACUGAACAAUAGGCAUGCAUUGACCCACUACUAACAGUCAAGUAACUUCCCUUCUCUCACUAAGGUGGGCAGAGACAAGUCCAACCAGCCACAAGGCCUGUUGGGACUGAAGAGUGAUGAGCAGGAGCCAGGAGAGACAGAGGAGACACCAUGCUACCUGUCCGCCAGGCCCCGUGCCACCCGCCACGCCCACCACUACGGGGGUAUCACCAACAGCAGGCAGGAGUACACUGACAUCCCAGAGUCCCUCACUGAGAGGUAAGUCCAGGACAGGGAAGAACACUCGGGUUGCAUCCCAAAUAGCACCCUAUUCCCUAUAUAGUGUAAUACUUUUGACCAGGGCCAAUAGAUGCGGUAAAGAGGUCAAUGGAACUCAACCAAAACAAUGGAAAUGCUAUUGAGACGCGUGGAGGAAAAAAUGCAGUCUGGGAAAGAUCCCGAAUCUCCUCAUUGCCCCCCAGCAAAAUUCUCCUACAUUUAGCCUAUUGUUUACAUGUGUAUUUCACACUAUGUUGAGGUAAAAAUGGUAUAAUACUUUUAUGGAUGUCAACCCCAAUACAUGUUCAUGUCAUUGUCACCAAUCAACUGCAUUACAGUUUAAAAUGACUUUGACUACCACCACCGAUUUCUGUAUGCUAGCUACUGUAUGCUACCAGCUUAUAUGAACAGGAGUUAGCAUUUAGCAUACACUUCCUCUAAACCUGAAAAGGGACAACUUCUAAAUGUUAUGCAGCAAAAACAGCCAAAGAUAUCCAAAUCAGACUUUAUUAACCACAUUGUGGGCCUGUUACAAUACAUCAAUCAUGACGGAUUUGAUGAAUUUCCACUUUGUUAGAUCAAUCCGGCGUCCUUCUUCUAUCCUCCACGGUCUGCAUUCCAUUGACCUCUUUACCGCAUCUAUAGGGCUCUGGUCAAGUAGUACACUGUAAAGGGAAUAGGCUGACAUUUGGGACACAACCUGAGGUUACAACCAUAGGUCAUUGUUCAACCAGACGUCAACCAGAGGUCAACCAAAGGUCAAUCAUGAACCCACUCUACACAUGAACUCCACUCUGUUUUCUUGGUCUAAGUACUAGUCACAUGCACUUUACUCUGGGUCUCUGAGUAAUGGUUUAAGUAUAGUUACUUAUAAUUGCUUAUAAUUAAGCAAUAAGGCUCGAGGUGGUAUGGUAUAUGGCCACUAUAGCACGGCUAAGGGCUGUUCUUAUGCACGACGCAACGCGGAGUGCCUGAAUACAGAAGUUAGCCGUGGUAUAUUGGCCAUAUACCAUAAACCCCUGAGGUGCUUUAUUGCUAUUAUAAACUGGUUACCAACAUAAUGACAACAGUAUAGGUCUUCUAUAAAACGGGUUGCUUGGAUCCUGGAUGCUGAUUGGUUGAUAUGCGGGAGUUGUGGGACAACCAUGACGUGUUAAUGUCAUAAUUCCAUGUCCCCUAGCCCAGGCAGGAAAUUCAUAAACUUAAUCUCCCUCAGGGAAAAAAGCAUCUACAGCAUUAUUUUUCCAUGCUGCUAUUUGGUUUGCAACAGUUGGGGGUUGUAUAAACCUACCUGUCUGCCUCUACUACCUGUGCAACAAUGUAUCAUUUUACAAAUGCGGUCUCUCCUGUGCCAGUAGGCUAGCUAGCUAGCCCAAGAAUGACCGCAAAACUAAUAAUUCACCAUGGAAACCAUAAACAGAGCAGUGCGGCCUAUGUAGGCCUGUUGGAUAUUUAUUAAAUCAUUAUUUAUUAAAGUUCUGCUAGCUACAAGCAACGUCGAAUGAAUAGAAUGAUUAGAAUUAACGGCUGGGUCAAAACAUGAGAAAAUAACUAACGACCAGCCCGCUUGGGUAGCAACUUCAGAAUGCAAAAACGAAUUUACUAAAAUCAUGUUUUUAAUGAAAAAAUGUAAUUCAUAUUUUUCUAAAUAUGUUGGUAACCGUUUUAUAAAAGCAAUAAGGCCCUCGAACCCUUCUCAGGCCUUAGUGCUUAAAUAUACCACGGCUUUCAGCCAAUCAGCAUUCAGGGCUCAAAUCACCCGGUUUAUAAUGCACCUUUUACCCCCAGGUCUCACUUCUCCCUGUCCCUGAAGACCCAGUCCUUGUUUGGCCUCAUCUUUUAUGCAUCAGACGAGGCAGAGGACAACUACAUGGCUCUGUUCCUGGCCCAUGGGAAGCUGGUGUACACCUUCAACCUGGGUCAACAACGGGUCAAGGUCAAGAGCCAGGAGAAGUACAACGACGGAACAUGGCACAAUGUAAGUAAAUGUACUUAUUCCCCAUUAUCCAUAUACUAAAAUACAUCACUUUUACCUCUGACAUCCGUCACACAUAAAUAGAUUGUUCUAUGAGAUAAGCCACUUGUUUUCAGCAGUGACAUACCACACCACAGUGUGACAGCCCUGUCCCUCCUCCUGCAGGUCAUUUUUAUUCGUGAUGGGAAUCUGGGCCGAUUAAUCAUUGAUGGACUGACGCUGCUGGAGGAUAGAGCUCAGGGCUCCAACGUCUCCUGGCACGUCAGCAGCCCCCUCUAUGUGGGAGGGGUGCCACCAGGGAAGGCCCAGCAGAACUUACUGGUAAGAUACAGCCCUUAGCGCCCAGGGCCGCAUCCCAAAUGGCACCCUAUUCCCUAUGUAGUGCACUACUUUUGACCAGGGUCAAAAAGUUGUGCACUAUAUAGGGAAUAAGGUGCCAUCUGGGAUGCAGCCCUGGGCCUAGUAGACUACUGAAGGAAAAUGGAGCAGAAUAUGUUUUUACAGUGGAAUCCUGGAAACACAUGAAAACCCUGGCCAAGAACGUUAAAGAAGAAUAAAAGAGUGAAAAUCCUAACCUUUUGAUAAAGAGCAUUAUAAGAGAUGUCUGGGAUGAUUUAUGGUCCUCUAGUCUUUUCUGCCAUUAUAUGUUCACACUGGGAGCCAUCCAAGUAUUUUCACUUCAGACUGCUGUGUUCAGAUGAUACGUUUCCCACAGAAAACAGGAAACCAUCAACGUGACCCCUCUCUGCUUUAAACUCUGCAUGACCGCAUCUGAUAGUGGAACAUAUUUCCUACAGAUAUCUGUACUACCACCCAUUUACACUUUCCUGUGCUGUAUUUGCCUCCUAUAGAGAAACUCUGCGUACAGCUUCACUGGCUGUGUGAAGAACCUCCAGCUGAAUGGCCAAUGGCUGUCCUCCGUGUCCCAGACCUUCGGGGUGACGCCGUGCUUCGAGGGACUUUCUGAGCCGGGGACAUACUUCUCUGAAGAGGGAGGAUAUGUCAUCUUCGGUAACACACAAACACACUUUGCCAAGACUCUCCAUUUUGCUAGGAAUUAAGACAGCAAUGACAUCUGAUUCUCCUCAAGGCCCUUCUGGCUUCAUACUGUGGCUGAACCUUACCAGAUUAAUUUGAAGUAUGAUACCAAAGGAAAAGCUUGUGAAACAUUGAUUUGCUGCAAUCUUCAGGACAUACUUUGGCAGCGCCUGUAGCUGUUUGGAAACAACGUGUCUGUUAUAUCACACGCCAUGUUAGAUUUUCUCUGGAAAGCAGAGAAAACCCCUGGGCUGCUCACCAAUCACCAGAGACGUGGAAGCAGAGAGGCUCUAGACAGGAUAUCGGAAUUUGAUAUCCCCAGUGCAGCUGUGGUGAAAAUUUGGCCUGGUGGAAAAGUUGAGGGCGGGGAGGAGAGCUGCAGACCCAAGGGUCUUGGAAGCCAAGCUGCAGCUGUUUGAAUGAGCGCAGAGCAAUUUCACACCCUACUGUGGCUGGCUAAGUUUCACAUGUGCACAUGCCUCAUUGGGCCGAAGCGCAGUGAAACAUUCCAUGUUACAGCCGUUAAAGGUGAGGUUCAGAACGGACAGAGGGGGUGGUAGAGCAGACUUUACUUGAAUUACUCUUUCUGUCCGUCUCCCUCAGAUGACACGUUCAACCUGGGGCUGAAGUUUGAGCUGGUGGUGGAGGUGCGCCCUCGUGUGGCGUCAGGGGUGCUACUGCACGUCUACACAGCAGCUGAGGAGUACCUAACCAUGUAUAUUCAUCAAGGAGCGGUAAGCAACUAAUACAAUGUAAUCAGUAGUAAUUUGCUAAUUUGCUAUUAGUAGAUCUUUGACUUGUCAUCAAUGCAAGUAUUGUUCUAUGCUCACAGGUGCUGGUGCUGGUGAACAAUGGGGUCCGUGAGUUCUUCACUCAGGUCACUCCUAGACUGGGUCUGUGUGAUGGGAACUGGCACAGGAUCACAGGUAAGAGACCUCCCUUCAUUGCAUUGACUGCCCCUGAUUUAAACAGUAUGGGACCACGGUUAAUUUGCAAUGAUUGGCCAAUGUCAUGUACAGUGACUGACAACAAUGUGUUCUGUUGUCCUUUCUGCCUCUGGUUCACAGUGAUCCGAGAUGCCAAUGUAGUCCAGCUGGAUGUGGACUCAGAGGUCAACCAUGUGGUGGGACCUCUCAACCCCAGUGCCCAGAGUGCCAGGACCCCUGUGUUCAUUGGUGGAGCUCCAGGUCAGCGGCAAGGCCAUGUAUUUCAAGACUACUGAACUUCACACAAAAGUGUUUUUGCUAGACUCAAUAUCUGACAUUCCAACUAACAAAACACAUCCAAACUGUUGCACUUGCAACUUUUAUAGGUUACAGGGUGAGGCAGCACUAUCAACCUUGAGUUUGCAAAAUAAAAGGAAAUGUGUUUUUAAUGUUGUUUAUUAUAUAUCUUCCUAGAAUCUCUUCUCCCAGAAGGCAUUGCCACAAGGAGGGCCUACACAGGCUGUAUGAGGAACCUGAUGGUGAACGAGAGCCAAGUGAUCUUCAGCAAAGCUGCCCUGGUCAGCGGGGCCGUCAGUGUGGGCUCCUGUCCAGCUGCCUAAAGGGCCUGUCAUAACCAAUACAGCCCAGCUCUCCAGCAACAAAUUCUGCUUCCUAACAAGUUUCCACACGGUCAAUAAAGCAUGAUAAGCCAUUUUCAUUGUGUUUUAAAUUGUCUAUUCUUGUUCGAUGUUCACGAGCACGUUUGUUUUUAUUUGGAAAAGAGAAUGACCCGGUAACGUAACCAACCCUGCAAUAUGAAUUAGUUUCACAUGAGAAAAUAUCCCCCAAAAGAGUUUCCCAAAGAGUCUCAGUAUUUUUAUUUCUUUCAAGGACUGCAACAUGAUGUGAUUAAGGACCACUGCUCAUAUUAUAGCCAACUGAAGAAGGCUUGUAAAUGUAGCUUCAUUUUCUUAAAGGCCCAGUACAGUCAAAAUGCAUUGUUUUAUAUCAUAUUGUACAACAGCUGAUGAAACUAACACUGUAAAAGUGUGAGAUUUUUUUUUAUCAAUGUUAUUUCCUGAUAAUCUACACAGGACCUUCUAAUCAGCAGGUUUGCAUGGGCGGCAUUUUUGUUUUUUCAUGGUGACAUCACCAUGCAGUACAUCGGUUGAUAGACCAAUAACAAAGAGUUCCAAACCUCUCUGCCAAUAACAGCUAGUUUUUAGUUUUCCACUCCCCACCAUUCCCAGACAGUACUAGCAAAAUUGUUUUUUGCAAAAAAAAUAUUUUUGCCCAUUUUAAUGGAAAUCUAUUACAG